CGGUGAAUCGAGGCGAAACGGAUCAGGAUAAACUAAAUUCCAUGUGGAGACAAGCUUUCAUGAAGGCAUAUAAGGCCAUGGACAAAGAGCUGAGGUCUCAUCUGAAUCUGGAUUGUUUCUGUAGUGGGAGCACGGCUGUAACCAUAGUGAAGCAGGGAUCAAAUCUGUUCAUGAGCAACAUAGGGGAUUCCUGAGCAAUCAUGGGAUCCAAAGACAGUAAUGACUCCAUGGUGGCAAUUCAGUUGAUAAUUGAUUUGAAACCUGAUUUGCCAAGGGAAGCUGAAAGAAUCAAAAGGUGCAAGGGCAGGGUAUUUGCCUUGCAAGAUGAACCAGAAGUUCCAAGGGUGUGGUUACCUUUUGAUGAUGCACCUGGAUUAGCAAUGGCUAGAGCAUUUGGCGAUUUUUGUUUGAAGGAUUACGGUGUCAUUUUUAUACCAGAAUUUUCUCACCGGCUUCUUACAGACAAAGACGAGUUCAUUGUUCUUGCCUCGGAUGGAGUUUGGAAUGCGUUAAGCAAUAAACGUCGAUUUUUGGCGUGGAAAAUAUACUAUUUCUUCUAAUGCGCUUUAAACAGAAUAGAUUUUU